UGGCGAUGAAUACUCGGUUUUGCUCAGGCACAAGGCUAAUUUGCUUCAAUCUUUGGGUGGCCUUGGUCAUAUUUUAUUUUGUUUUCUACAUGUUUUCAUCAGUCCUGGUUGGCGCCUUCAAGAUUCAAACAUUUGAUGGAAAAAUCCCAUUUGACUUUAAAAAUUGCUGUGUUGAUAAUGAUCAAGAUAUCGUCAAUUUAUUGGCCUUGGUGUUAACAUAUGUGGUGUCAACAGGAAUAUUUCUGAUUUUUAUAAGACAAAGAAUAUGGGAUUAUGCUAUAACAAUAUCACUCAUACAUCUUGGUAUUUCUUGUGCAGUUAUGCAAGACUUUCCAACUAAUUGGCAUUGGUGGCUUGCUUAUGGGCUUUCAGUGCUUUUCAUGAUUGUCAUAGGGCAGAUUGCMUUGUGCUGCUGUUGUAAAGAAAAAACAGAUAGAGUUGCAUCAACACAAAAUCUUGUUACAUAAACUUUGAUAUUUGUGGUUAAAAUUAUAUAAGCUGCAGAAGUAGAGGAGAUGCCUUACUAACACAGAGCUAGCCUUGUAYGGUAGCACGUGGCACAAGCACUUAUGUGAUCAACAAUUCCCUUCUGCUUUUGACUCCAUUUUCUAUGGAUUAUUUAAAGCACCAGAGUUUAUGGCUUAGAUUGUAGUGAAUUCAACAAGAGACYUGAUACAAUCAGCACAGAAUGACAAAAUACACAUUUAUUUGUGUAUAUUAAUAUAUAACUUGGCUUAUUUAAGAGUAAGUAGUAUGACCCAUUGUACAUAUUCAGUCGUUCUAGACUGUGGGAUAUCAUUUUAAUGAUACUUGCAGCAGAAGUUAAGGAACAAUWGUAUGACAAAGUUCCUAGAAACUGACAAAGGAUAGAGCAUAACAUACUUGAGUGGCAUAAAAAUUAUUGUUUGAACAUUGUCGAAGGAAUUAUAUUAGCAUGAUGAUUUAGCUUAUUUUUAUAUAAUUUUCAYGUCAAGAAGUAAACA